AUGCAUCUUGCCCCAAAAGAGCUUGAUAAGCUCGCAAUCUCGCAGCUGGGCUCUCUCGCCCAGCGGCGUCUCGCCAGAGGUGUCAAGCUGAACCAUUCCGAGGCCACUGCCCUCAUCGCCAACAACUUGCAGGAGCUGAUCCGCGAUGGCAACCACAGUGUCGCCGACCUCAUGUCCCUCGGCGCGACUAUGCUGGGCCGUCGCCAUGUCCUGCCGUCCGUGCUGGCCACCCUGCACGAGAUCCAGGUCGAGGGCACCUUUCCAUCAGGCACAUAUCUGGUGACGGUCCACAAUCCCAUCUCCAGUGACGAUGGCGAUCUUGCUCGCGCGCUCUACGGCUCAUUCCUGCCCAUCCCUAACGCGGAUCUGUUCUCUCUGCCUCGUACCGAGGACUUCGAGCCUGCGCGCCAGCCCGGCGCCGUUGUGCCGCUCAAGACCCAUGUCGAGUGCAACAGCGGCCGCAGGAGGGUGCGCCUCAGGGUCACCAGCAGGGGGGACAGGCCUAUCCAGGUCGGCAGCCACUACCACUUCACCGAGACAAACCCGCAGCUCGACUUUGACCGCAGCAAGGCCUAUGGGUAUCGCCUGGACAUUGCCGCUGGUACGAGCGUCAGGUUCGAACCCGGCGACACCAAGACCGUGACCCUCGUCGAGAUCGCGGGGAACCGCAUCAUCCAGGGCGGCAACGGCAUCGCCAAGGGGGUGGUGAGCGCCUCCCGCAAGGACGAGAUCGUGACGAAGCUGCAGCAGGCCGGGUUCGCGCACACCCCUCAGCCGGACGCUGACUCGUCGCUCAGCGCUGAAGGCUUCAAGAUGAGCCGAGCCGCGUAUGCCGCCAUGUUUGGACCGACGACUGGGGAUUUUGUGAGGCUGGGCAUGACGGAUUUGUGGGUCAAGGUCGAAAAGGAUUUCACGGUCUACGGUGAUGAGUGCAAAUUUGGCGGCGGCAAGACGCUCCGCGAAGGCAUGGGACAGGCUACCGGACGGCCAGACUCGAGGACGCUGGAUCUAGUUGUCACCAACGCGCUGAUCGUGGACUGGACAGGAAUAUAUAAGGCAGACAUUGGCGUAAAGGAUGGGCUGAUCGUGGGCAUUGGCAAGGCAGGCAACCCAGAUGUCAUGGAAGGUGUGACGCCAGGCAUGGUGGUAGGCAGCUGCACAGAUGUCGUUGCUGGAGAGGGCAAGAUCAUCACCGCUGGUGGCAUUGAUACACAUAUUCACUUCAUCUGCCCGCAGCAGGCGGACGAGGCCAUUGCAAGUGGUAUCACGACCAUGUUGGGCGGUGGCACGGGGCCAAGUGCUGGCACAUCUGCGACAACAUGCACCCCCGGCGCUAAUUACAUGCGCCAGAUGCUUCAGGCAUGCGACACCGUCCCGGUCAAUAUCGGCAUCACCGGUAAGGGCAAUGACAGCGACCCAAAAGCCCUGCGCGAACAAAUCAUUGCCGGCGCAUGCGGGCUCAAGCUUCACGAGGACUGGGGCAGCACGCCCGCGGCCAUCGACGCCUGCCUCAGCGUGUGUGACGAGCUGGACGUGCAGUGCCUAAUACACACAGACACCCUCAACGAGUCCGGAUUCGUUGAGAGCACAAUCGCCGCGUUCAAAGGGCGGACCAUCCACACGUACCACACUGAGGGCGCGGGCGGUGGGCACGCGCCUGACAUCAUCAGCGUGGUGGAGCACCCAAAUGUGCUGCCCAGCAGCACGAACCCCACGCGGCCGUACACGCGGAACACGCUGGACGAGCAUUUGGACAUGCUGAUGGUGUGCCACCACCUGUCAAAGAACAUCCCCGAGGACGUGGCGUUUGCCGAGUCGCGUAUCCGCGCCGAGACCAUCGCCGCCGAGGACGUGCUGCAUGACCUCGGCGCCAUCAGCAUGAUGUCCUCCGACUCGCAGGCUAUGGGCCGCUGCGGCGAGGUCAUCCUGCGCACGUGGAACACGGCGCACAAGAACAAGGUGCAGCGUGGCCACCUACCCGAGGACGAGGGGACGGGCGCGGACAACUUCCGCGUCAAGAGGUAUGUCAGCAAGUACACCAUCAACCCGGCGCUCGCGCAGGGGAUGGGACACCUCGUGGGCAGUGUCGAGGUCGGCAAGUUGGCGGAUCUGUUGGUCUGGGAUCCGGCAUGGUUCGGCACGAAGCCUAACCUGGUGAUUAAGAGUGGGUUAGUGUCGUGGGCAAUGAUGGGCGAUCCCAACGCCUCCAUCCCGACAGUCCAGCCCAUCGUCGCGCGGCCGAUGUACGCGCCACUGGUGCCCGCGACAUCAGUGCUGUUCGUGUCGCAGGCGUCCAUCGAGCACGGCGUCGUGCAGACGUACAACUUGCGCAAGCGCGUCGAGCCCGUCAGGGGCUGCAGGUCCGUCGGCAAGAAGGACAUGCGGUACAAUGACGCCAUGCCGCGCAUGCGCGUCGACCCGGAGAGCUACACAGUCGAGGCGGACGGGCAGGCCUGCGAGGCCGAACCCAGCGAGACACUGCCGCUCACUCAGGGCUAUUUCGUCUACUGA